AUCGAAGUAAAACCAGAUUAAAUGCGCUGCAAUCUUGAGAUGGAAAAUCCAUUUUACGCAACGAACAUUUGCAUCUGAAUCAACAAAUAAUCAUAGUAAACUGCGUUUAGUAUGAUUAGCAUGAGCUAGUACAUUCAAAGUUCCUACGAAAGGUCCGAGUGCUACAAGGAGUGCAGAAUGAAAUCCAUUCGUAGUGAGCAACAUUUUCCCAACAAAGUUCGCGCCGAGAGCAAACGAAACUCUCGCAGCUUAGAGAAGCAAGAAAAGCUAAUGAUAGAAAUAAAAAAUGCCGAUCUGCGGCAGAGAGUAGCUGCGAAGCAGUCUUUAGUGGACUGUUGGCGAAGAAAAAGUUAAAGUACGAUUAGGUGUUUCGGAUUUUAAAACAAAACAAGUUGGCAUUGAUUACAUCUCGUUGCAUUGAAGUUAUUUUUCGUUUAACACAGGCUGGCGGCAUUCGGUUCGGGCGAACAAAAUGGACAUUUUAAUUGAUAAAUUUCUCAACGAAACUGGUGAUUCCUACCGACUGCAGUACUAUCCGACGGAAUUAAUGCUUUACUUUGAAAAACAUCAUAUUUUUGAAAUCAUUUUUGAUUUGAUGGUUAUGGUACAAAAAGAACGACCACUCAAUGUUGAAGAGUACAUGGCCGAGCAUAUUGUCACCAUCUCGAAGAAAUAUUACCAAAUCAACACGUACGUCAACCUUCCGGAUAAUGUUGAUGCCGAAAGAUUCCUUCAUACGUUCCAACGUAGCGAUCGAUAUUAUCCCAUAAUCAGAUUAGAAGAGUCCAUGAAAACCAAUACGUUUUUUCAAACCCUCAACGAUCGACUAAAACGUCUAAAUCUUUACGAUAAAAAUAUUAUCGUGUUGGGUGACAGGAGUGCUAUGAGGGAAGCCAAGAAACAUUUUCAUUUCCAGCAAAUAUUGCAUGCCUCAAGCAACAAAUCCCUUCCGAAGCUACACACACACAUUGUUGAACGCACCAAACUCCUCCAAAUCGAUCCUCAUCAUUCCGUUAUUAAGCACCCCCAACGGAUUGUGCUGCUCGGUCCUCCGGGUUGUGGCAAACAUCGAGUAGCGAAGUGGCUGGCUGCGUUAUUGAACACUUGUUUGGUGUCUGUAACAGACUUAGUUGCGCAUCACGAGCGGAAAUGGGACAGCUUCGGAAAAGCUCUCAGUUUUGGGGCCCGCGAUAAUGUUCACACGUCGGAGUUGAUAGCAACCAUCGUGCAACAUCGACUUCUACAACCAGAUUGUCUUGAAAGGGGUUGGAUAUUAGUGGACUAUCCAAACAUCGCGGAUGAUGUGAAAAAUUUCUUCCAGAUGUUAAUCACACCAAAUAAAGCAUUGUGGAUAGACACCGAUAAUGAUGUAUGUCGUCGCAGGAAAUUGUACCGUAAAAAAUGUGACCAGAUCAAGGCAGACUGUUGGCGGCGUAUGAUGUUCGAAACCGAGCUACAAUUGUACAACGUCAAUCACCAACCACUAAUUGAUGCAUUCAACGAACAACAGUCCUGUGCCCAGAUUCAUUUUGAUGGAAAUCGAUCUUAUUCCUACAUUCUGAAGUCUAUUGCAAAUAAGCUGAUGAUUUAACGAAAUAAUUUAUUUGUAAAUAUAUGGUUCGGAAUGAUUUCAAUA